AUGGACGUCGAUGUCGAGGAAGCGGAGUCAUUACUUGGUGGUGACCUCAAACGUGCUGGAGCAGCCAUACGGCGUGGAUUUGUGCAGAAGGUUUAUGGCAUCCUCACCGCGCAGCUGGCUCUCACGGUGCUUAUUGCGGCGGAGAUUGUUCUUCUGGCUGCAGCGUCAGGCGAUGUGGCUUCCUGGAUCAUGAGCCAUGAGUGGCUUCUCGUGGUCUCU